AACGCGCAAAGCGCUAAUCGCAGGAUGUAGAAAUUAACCAAUCAUAAUCGAUCAUUUUCCUCACAUUCGACUGUAAUUGGUCAAUUUUUGCGUUUGCGUGUUGCAACCUAUGUAAACAGGCCAGAAUGAAGUGCGCCUGCGUACGAGAAGUUCGAGUAUAUUUGAAAAGUCAACGGUUUCCUCAUUAUUCCUCGGUGAGAAGAAUUUAUACUUGAUCAUUGUGCUUAUUUUCUUUCGCUGCUUUUUGCCACUUCGUAUAUAUGGAUCAAUUCAAGACACCUACAGCGGUAAGAUGCAGAUGUAGAUGCAAAAUGACGAAUACCGAAUUCGAAACUCCCAUCAAGAUACCAGCAUCACCGUGCUUGGAACGAAUAGGAUGUGGGACUGGAGUUGGGAUAUACAUGUUGGAAAGAUCACCUAAAGUUGGCAUUAUUCGUUCACCUUGGGUGAUAAAAAAAUGGCUGAACGGACAAAGCACUAAAGAAAACAAUAAACUUCUUAAAUUGGAAGCUGAUGUUCUACGACAAUUGGUCCAUCCCAAUAUCGUUGGUUUUAGAGCAUUUACCCCUGGAGCAGAUGGGAAACCUUGUCUGGCUAUGGAAGCUUUGGAUAUAUCGCUUGGGAAUGUGAUCGAAGAAAAACAUACUUCUGGUGAUGACACACCAUUUGCAGCCAAGGAUAUUUUGAAAGUUGGUUAUGAAGUUGCAAAAGGAUUGAAGUAUCUGCAUCAUAAAGCACAUAUAUUGCAUGGAGAUAUAAAGAGUCCUAAUAUCUUAAUUGAUCAUAGCUAUAGUGUGGUUAAAAUAUGUGAUUUUGGACAUUCUAUGCCAUUGACAAAAUCUUUAGAGUUAGAUACAUCAAAGGCUAACCAUUCUUACAUUGGAACAACACAUUGGAAUGCCCCUGAAAUUAUAAGAGGAGAUGGACCUGUGACUAAUGCUGCUGAUAUUUGGCCAUAUGGCAUUGUCAUUUGGGAAAUGUUAACUCUAUCAGUACCUCAUAUGGAAUAUGAGGAUGAGUCGUCCUCUGACUCUGAAUCAGUCAGUGAGAGAGACUCAAUGAACAUUACAGAUGACUCUAAUUAUGAUACAGAUAAAAAUGUUACUUCCCUUAAGAAGAAAACACCAUAUAAGAACAAUAAAUUGCAUGUAGAAACUGAGGAUGAGUUAUCCUUUGAUGAAUCAGUCAGUGAGAGAUAUAUGACGAGCACUACAGAUGACUAUAAUUAUGAUACGGAUAAGAGUGAUACUUUCCUUAAGAAAAGAAUGCCAUAUAAAAACAAACUUCAUGUAGGAAUUGAAGAUGAAUUGUCCUGUAGCGAAUCAGUCAAUGAAGGAUACACGACGAACACUACAGAUAACUCUAAUUAUGAUAUGGAUAAGAAUGUUACUUUCCUUAAUAAAAAAAUGCCAUAUAAAAACAACAAACCUCAUGUAGAAACUGAGGAUGAGUCAGUCUUUGAUGAAUCAGUCAGUGGAGGAUACACAACAAACUUCACAGAUGACUCUGAUUGUGAUAUGUGUGUAUGUCCACUUAAGAAAAUACAUAAGAAUGACAAACUUGGUACACGUCCACCUUUACCUGCUAUUAAUUUUAGUAAAGAAUAUGACAGAGUGUUGGAAGUAUUUUAUAUAUGUACUAAUGCCGAUUAUAAAUCAAGACCCAACGCAAAGAUGUUGGUAAAGUAUUUCGAGGAAUUCAUAUUUAUUAACAAAACUUAAAUCUAAUUUUUUUGUUUUUUAUAUACAUAUAAUUAUAUACAUAUAUUAUAUACAAACCCUGAAAUAACCCAUAUAAAGUGUUUCGCGCACGCACGCACGCACGUAAAAUAUUUAAGAAAAAAAAAAAAGAAAAAUGUUUUAUACGAUUCUUAU